ACUUACUUUGACAAAGGAAAUUUGGAAGGAAUUACCUGAGGAUAGUUUGUGUAGCACUGGGAUAGUCAACACUGGCACAAUGAAGCACUUCCUGAGAAUGUUAAUCCAGGUGUGCCUGUAUUUUUACUGUAAAUUUUUGUGGCGCUGCCUGAAAUUUGUCAUGAGGAAGCUAACUGGAAGAUGUGAACUGCAACGGAUCUGUUACAAUACCAAGCCUGGAGCUUCUAGAACCAUGAAAAUUGAAACAUCACUGAGAGAUUCAAAAAGUAAACUGUUGCAGACUUCAGUGAGUGUUCACCCUGAUGCUAUUGAAAAAACUAUAGAAGACAUCAUGGAACUGAAAAAAAUUAACCCCGACAUAAAUCCACAGCUGGGAAUCUCUCUUCAGGCUUGCCUUCUGCAAAUCGUUGGGUACAGAAACCUAAUUGCAGAUGUGGAAAAACUGCGCAGAGAGCCUUAUGAUUCUGAUAAUCCCCAACAUGAAGAAAUGCUUCUGAAGUUAUGGAAGUUCCUGAAGCCCAAUACGCCACUGGAAUCUCGGAUUUCUAAGCAGUGGUGUGAAAUUGGUUUCCAAGGUGAUGAUCCUAAAACAGAUUUUCGAGGAAUGGGACUUCUGGGACUAUACAAUUUGCAGUACUUUGCAGAAAGGGAUGCUACAGCAGCUCAGCAGGUCCUCUCUGAUUCUCUUCAUCCAAAAUGCAGGGAUAUCACUAAAGAGGAAAUAAGCAAAUUCAGCAAAGCAGAAUGGGAGAAGAAAAGGAUGGAUAAAGCAAUUGGGUACUCAUUUGCGAUUGUGGGCAUCAAUAUAACUGACCUGGCGUACAAUCUACUGGUCAGUGGAGCUCUAAAGACCCACUUCUACAACAUCGCUCCGGAAGCUCCAACACUGUCUCACUUCCAGCAGACAUUCUGCUAUUUGAUGCACGAGUUUCAUAAGUUUUGGAUUGAAGAAGACCCCAUGGACAUAAUGGAAUUUAAUCGUGUGCGGGAGAAAUUCCGCAAGAGGAUUGUAAAACAGCUGCAGAACCCAGACAUGGCACUGUGCCCACAUUUUGCUGCCUCUGAAGGUUUAAUUAACAUGUAGUCGCCCACGCUGAUUCUAAUGAAUACCAUGGAACACUGCCUCAUUGUCGUGUUAGAUCUCUGCUUAGGUCCCAGCUCACACACUGAAUGCACACAGUGAUUGUAUGCAUGCCUUUUGGUACAGUAUUUUCAUCUCUUGGUCAUAAUUCCAAGAUCUCCAGAAACCAUGAUUUCUGGAGUAUCUGUCAUCCAGUGACUGCUCAUAUUGUGGCAUUACGCAGUGUUACAUCUUGCCUUGACACCCAGGUAUGAAGAGAGUUUUCUAUUUUUUUAGACUUUUUCCUCCCCCUCAUAACUCAGCAUCGAAGAACUGUUAUUUCUCUAGCUGUGUUUUGUAUGUAUGAGGUUUAGCUGAAUCUCGUUCUGUGAAAUUCCUUUAAUUUAUUGAUAUGUUUCAUGACUAUUGCUGCUAGCUUUUCAAGUCAGGUUCAUGCUUGGACCUCAUUCUGAUAAAGCAUAAGACUUAAAAAUAAUACAGACAGACACAUGACAAGCCAAACUGUUCCUGUAAACAUAGCUGCUCUUCAUGAAAAUGUAAUGAGGCUUACGAGAAGUAACUUUAGGUAGGAGCUGCUUUUGUUUGGAGUACUGCAGAAUUAUAUUGUAACUUACCCCAGUUGCAAUUGUACCAUAGUCACCUGGAUAUCAAAUUAUUUUACUCCCAUCAUUUCACUGACUUGGAUGCCUAAAUAUGUUCAUGAUGCGUGGAGCCUCAGAAAAGAGGUAAGCAUAUUUUGAAAGCUGCAAAAGAUUUUUCACUGCCUGCCUCUUGCUGAACUCAAGUUACAUCCUGGCACUGUUCUGAUCCAAGCAUCUUUGCUUUAGGAACCGAGUGCUGACUGGUUCGUUUUCUAUGUCAAGGGGCAAUAAUAAAAGAAAAAAGAUUAUUUUUGCAAGAAAGUGUGUUGCAAGAGAGGAACCUCAGCUACACCACUCUGCAAUAUUUCUUGAAAACUAAUGACCUUGUCUUGUGUCAGUGGAAAAUAUAAAUUGCUUGAAAGGAGUAAAAUCAAAUCAUUCCAAAACUGCUAAAAAUCAUUUUAAAAAUCAUGAUUUAGUUUGGAAUUAUGAUUGUAGUCUGUUGAAUAGUAUUUACCAUGGCAUUUCAUACCCAUGGUAUUUUAUAUCUUCUGACUAUCGAUUUUAGUAUUAUUAGAUGUUUGUGUAAUCACUUGCUUAUUUAAAUGAAUUUUGAGUACUGCCUAACUUGUCAGUUAUAUGAAUAAAUUACAUGUCAUUCUACUGUAACAUGUACUGGAUUUCAUUUUAAUAUUUUUGUGCUCUUGAAUAGCUUCUGAAUAUGCAAAUGUAUGGGUGGGUAGAGUGUCAAAUAUAGACAACCUGGCACUGGCUGUAAAACAGGCCGUCAUUCAGAGUCACCACGUGUUAGGCAGAAUAUGUUAUGUCUGAGAUGCGUCUUUAAUCUUGAGGCCUGAUAAUGCUCUACUGGGAGAAUAAGAGCCAACUUUUUAUUCAUUACUACUGAUUAAGUCUGGAUUGCCUACUGCUAUAUGGCUGACAAAGAGGAACUAUGAACUGCCCCUUGUUUCCUUUUCCAGGCUAGCUCCUUUGGGAUUGUGCUGUCCUUUCUCUUACCCCAUGUACCAGGUUGCAACAUUUUGCUUUGCCGCUAGUAUAGCCCUGUGCCCUUUCUUAGAAUGGACAAGGGAAGUGGUUGGUUAAUACAUGAUGUAUACUAUGAGUAAUAGCAGACUACGUAUUCCUCUCUAGAGUAAGUGAGAACUUGUGAACCUAGUAAAUGGCCUGUCUUGGGAGCACUGAAUCCCCACUACAGCU